UUCCGCGAACAGGAGACGGCAAGAUAAAGCAGGGGAUCGAUUCGCUGCUGAUUUAAUUAUCUUUUAAUGAAAGCCGAGAUUCCCCCGGACCGUUGUAAUUUUACAUCGUCCACGAGCUGCGCAAAUGCGGAAUAUAAAUGAUGCCUGAAUGUUUUUCAAGCGGAGUAGAUAAAAAUGUAAUAUUACGAGAAAUAAAAGCUAGCGAGCGUAGCCGAAAGGACAGAAAACGCGCGUGAAGUUAUGAAGACGGUGCGAAAGCGAUUUUAUUUCGCCAAGACGGCCACAACAUUGCGAACUUUGUGUCUCGUUCACGUCUGCUCGACAAAAUUCUUCGUAUACGUAUACGUAGAUAUGCAUGUACGACACAAGUUUACAAACCCUUACGCAGAGAGGAGAAAUUCCAGGCUUACCGUCACACUGAUAUGCAGCCGUUUUCUUGCUAAAAAAUGGGGAAAAAGGGAGCUGAAAAACAAGACUGAAAGUACGAAAGUGAGCAAACAUGGUUCAUGGAACGCAAAGGUUUGGAAAAUAAGCACACGUUCGACGUCAUCCUCUCAAACCAUUUCCCACCAUAUGCAUGAAACUAAAUUGAAUGGUCGAGCGAAAGCUCACCACGUCAUCGAUUCGGAUUGAAGUAAUCUCGCCGCGUCAUCGAAUUCAUUUUUAACAUUCACAAAGAUACCGUCCGAGGAUCUUCUUUCCUCGAAGAAACUGUAGCUUAAUCUAACGCAACGUCUGCACGAUUUUAUUUAUCCAAUGGAGCCGUAAGGGAAAUACCGGAUGAAGAUUGUAAAGCGAGAAGGAGGUGUACACAAUCUUCAUUUCAUAUUAAUGAAUUUUUGUUUUGGAAAUUUGCGGUGAAGAAACGAGCGCCGAUGUUAUUGCACAAGCCAAGAUGGUAUGUCAGAAUCGGGUGAUGGAAAUGUAUAGAGCACGGAUGUACGACAAUGUAAUCGACUCCCUCGAGGAUAACCUCGUUAUCCUCGACGCAAGAAGUCGCAUCUAGGAAACAGAGUCUUCUUCUAGACUCCAAUUCUCCGCUGCCGGAUUUCCUUGCACGCUUCUCAGAAUGCGCAAAUGGACUUUUAAAUUGUCUGCCGACUGUGAAAAAUACGUGAUGCAAGAUUACAAAUUGUUAUGCAAAAUUCUUGUACAAUAAAAUUGGUUUAAAUAAUCAAUAAGAUGUAUUAUAGGGAUAAUUUAUAAAACAAGAAUUGAGAGAUUGCGUCAGAAUAAUAAAGUUUAAUUAUGAAGCUAAUAUAUAAAAAUAAAGAAAU